ACCAGUGGGUGACGUCACGGCCGUUUGCCCCCUUGUUUGAGACCGGCGCUGCGGCUCGAGCUAAAUUAGCAUCGUGAACGUCGGCGAGUAAACUUUCAUUGGGGGGAGUUGAGGAGGACGGACGGCGGGAAAUGGAGAGCGACGAAGGCAACGUAAAAGAAUCUGUCCUCUCGGCAGGAGCGAGUCAGGCGCAGUGGUUUUCUACGAAAGCCAAAGUCGCCGUGGCAGUGGCCAUAAUAAAGAACACGCCUGUGGGCAUGAGUGGCCGAGAGAAUGCUGAGUCUCUGGCCUGCAAGCUGAGGAGCCAGGAUGAAAGCUGGAAGAGAAAAGCCCAGGGGCUGCAGGAGGAGGUACUGAGGCUGCGACAGGAGAUGCUGAUCGGCAGGGUGACAUCAGACACAAAGAGCGCCACGGAGACGACAGGUCAUGACGGUGCAGUGGAAGAGGUUUCACAGGAUCUCUUUGGUCCCGGCUGUGACUCUGAGACUCCUGAACUCCUGCAACUAGACCCCCAGCCCGCCGCCUCUGUCCCUCAGCACCACGGAACUCCUCAGGAGACAGUGUUGCACCCCCAUGUGCAGUUCCUCCAGUCGCUGUGCGCCCUGCACCGAGUAGAAGGCAACAGCAGAGGCCUGGAGUCUCUGUGGUUCAGCCCCGACGAGGACACAGGGUCGGUGUUGACGGACUCUGUGUGCCAGCUCCUCGACUCGGUGGUGGCGGCGUGCAGGGACCCCCCUCCGCUGGGUCCUCGCGACCUGGUCCUGCAGGCCUGCCAGGUCGCGGCCCGAGCGAUGGACCUGUUCUGCUCUCAGAGGCUGCCGUCGGCGGAGUUCGUGAGACGUGUGGGGGAGUCGCUGAGGGAGCUGACUGGGAUGCUGCUUCACCACAGUAAUCAGCCCAGCAGGCUCCAGGCUGCAGAGAAGCUGAUGGAGUACCUGAUCACACUGGGAAGCAGCAGCAUGUCAAAGUCCUUUCUCAUUCGUCACAUCCUCGCUCAGAUCAGCGCUCUGGCCGAUCAGCUCUGGCAGGCCUUCCAGGGCCAGGAGGACUCCGGGCUCGACACGUUUCCUGUGGACCAGUAUCAGAACUCGUGCUACCUGUUCUGGAUCGUGGAGGAGCUCCUGCAGAAAUCAAAGGUACCGUGCAGGGUGGAGGUGGAGUCGGAGCAGACGGGCUUCCUGAGUCACUUGGAGCAGCGCGUCUUUCUGCUGUCAGAUGAGUUUCCCUUGUUUUCUAUCUACAUGUGGAGGAUAGGAGGUCUCCUCACCUGCUCGGACAGAUAAGAUAAGGAGGUUUGGUUUAUACUCCCUUACAUGAACAAAGUGGUUUGAAAUGACGGACUAAACCUGAAUCAGCAUCAGUGGAACCAUGUGCUGUGGCGAGGUGCACUUCACAUGGAAAACAUCAUAUUGACAAGGAACCAUUAUUUUCAAAUCUAAAUGAAGGGCACAUCUGGUGAUCCACGGAAAGAACAACACCAGCAAUACUACUAACACGUUUGAGCACCGAAUGUGGAUUAAUCUGCCACUGAAAAUAGUCCCCCGACCAUUGCACUAUUUCCUCCUAACUAAAACUAAAUUACUGAGACUUUUUAAAGAGAAAAGGAUGGAGAAGAGGAUUUUAAUCUUUCCCAGAUUUUAUCAUCAGGAAAUGUGUCGCGCUCUUGUACUGGUGCAAAACUGCACAAUUGAAUCGGAAAAAUAAAUCUGGACAUUUACUUAUA